AUGGCGGCAUCCUCCAAUCCUGCAGCGGCGAGCAAGAUUCGCAAGACCUUCUAUCUGACUGCCAACGACAUUCGAGAUCCCAUGCCUACCGAGGACGGCCUCAAUGGUCGCGCCGACCCAAAUGAGCGAACGGGUCUCCUCUCGAGAAUCACUACGACCGAUUCGGGUACUCCAUACUACAAGCAUGACAACAGGGCGAUAAGAAUUCCAUUCCUCGUUCUACACACUAUUUGGGAGAUCUUGAAGACCAACUACGUGAAUGUGUUGCUGGUGUUUGUUCCCAUUGGCAUUGUCGCCGGUGUCUUGGAUUGGUCGCCUACUUUACAGUUCAUCUUGAACUUCAUUGCGAUCAUUCCUUUGGCAUCAUUGCUCGCUUUUGCGACGGAAGAGCUGGCAAUCCCACUGGGUCAAACCCUCGGGGGCCUUUUGAACGCCACUUUUGGGAAUGCGGUCGAGUUGAUUGUGAGCAUCAUUGCUUUGCGCAACAAUGAGAUCCGCAUUGUACAAGCCAGCAUGCUAGGGAGUAUUCUGUCCAACAUUCUCCUCGUUCUCGGCUGCUGCUUCCUCGCGGGAGGAAUCAGGUACAAGGAACAAAGCUUCAAUUCCACCGUCGCCUCCACCAUGUCUUCUCUUAUGACGGUGGCCACUUCGUCACUCAUUAUUCCCGCGACGUUGUACGCUGUCAUGUCGGAGGGCAAAUCGCAACAGGAUAAUAUCAUGAUUUUGUCUCGAGGGACAUCGAUUAUACUCCUCCUCAUCUACGUUGCAUAUCUCUACUUCCAACUCGGGUCCCACGCAGACUUGUUUGAUGAUGCUGAGGCACAAGAAUCAGAGAAUGAGGGCGGUCAACUCCUGGGCCCCUGGUCUGCUGGCUUGAUGUUGGUCAUCAUCACCAUCUUGGUUGCCCUUUGCGCCGAGUAUCUCGUCGAUAGCAUCGAUUCCAUUGUCCAGGAGGCGCACAUCAGCAAGACCUUCAUUGGUCUUAUCCUGAUCCCCAUUGUUGGAAAUGCUGCCGAACACGUCACCGCCGUUAUCGUGGCAUGGAAGAACAAGAUGGAUUUGGCAAUCGGAGUGGCUAUUGGAUCAAGCUUGCAAAUUGCCAUUUUUGUCACCCCUUUCUUGGUCAUUCUCGGCUGGGCGAUGGACAGAGACAUGUCCCUUCAUUUCGAGACUUUCGAAACCGUAUCCUUCUUCCUUGCCUCUCUGGUGGUGGUUCUCCUGAUUCAGGACGGCAAAUCCAAUUAUCUCGAAGGACUCUUGUGCUUGGGCAUGUAUAUCAUCAUUGCCCUGGCCUUUUACGUCUUGCCGGACGAUCCCGAGUCGGGUUUGGGCUUGGGCAAACUUUUCGGUGGAAGUGGUGGCAACUGA